CUCUGGUGUCACAUGAUCCAUAAAAAGAGGUGAACUACUGUAACUAGCUUCGAGUGAGAUACUGGACCCUCUGAAGUACAGUCAAGAAAACCAGUCAAGAACCCAGCAGAGAGAUGGCAAGAUUACUAUCCCUAUUGUCCCUAGCAGCCAUGCUGUACAUAGCCACAGGGCAAACAGCCUCAGUGACUCCCUCGGCAGUCCUCACCACUGACAGUAACUCAAUGGUAGCAACAACGUCCAUGGUCAUGUCAACAUCUUCAAUGAUGCCUAGCCCCACUCCUGCUCCACCCACCCCUGAACCUACCAACAACAACUACUUUCUUAGGAACCCUGACAAGACUGUCUGCCUCCGCAUGAUGGCUGGCCUCAGCAUCGAGUUUACAUACCUCGUUGGAGAUGUAAACAGGACCACCAUUGUGGAUCUACUUAACAAGACCAUUCACAAUGACAGUACUUGCGAUGCUGCGAAGUUAGAGGCCCUGCUAAAGCUUGAGUACACUCCUGAAGGCAGAGAUCCUUACUUUGUGUCCUUUAUCUUCCAGGGUUACAAAGCUGACAAAACUUGGAAUGUAUCCUCUGUUCUCAUUGAGUUCAAGUUCACCAAGAGUGACUUCCCUGGUUUCAGUGGGACCGAGCCAUCCUCUACCAAUGUCAACAGUACAAGCCUUAGACCUCUUUUUGAUGGAGGCAGUGUUAACCUCAACCAAUCCUUUGGCUGUGACGUCAACCGGACCUUCUCUAACUUUGUGGCGAUCACCCCUGACCUUCAUGUGUCUCUCUUUAUGAUGGACCUUCAAGUGCAAGCCUUUGAUUUCACCAAUGCCACUUCUGGAGUAUUUGACUCUGCUGUUUUCUGUGUUGAGCAGAACACUGGCAAUAAGAUUGUGCCCAUUGCUGUGGGGGCAGCCUUGGCUGGACUCGUGAUUGUCGUCCUCAUUGCUUAUCUCAUUGGACGCCUAAGGAACAGGAAGAAGAGCUCAUACGAGGCUCUCUCCUAAGUAACUGAACUAUACUACACAACUGUACUUCCCGUUAUUUGUUCUUGUUGUUAAUUAUUUACUAACUGUUGUUUCUCAAGUGAAUGUUCAUUACCUUUAUUAGCUGUGGUAUAUGUGUGGCACUUGGUUUUAGUUAUAACUGUUGUAUAAUUUUGUCAUGUACAUAAUUAUUGUAUGAUGCCUUAUCAUAAUUAUUAUGCACUGC